UUCAGACUAUUGAACGUCCAUCUCCAUCACCCGGAAACACAAUCAUAAACGGUCAUUUUCACAUCACGCUCCCAACAUGGCAGUGAAUCUCGCAGACCUCUCUCUGCCUCAGCUAGAGGGACUGAAAACCCAACUAGAUCAGGAGAUUGAGUUCUUGACAUCUUCAAUAGGUCAGCUCAAAGUGGUCCAGACCAAGUAUGUGGAAGCUAAAGAUAGUUUGAAUGUCCUGAACAAAAACAAUAAAGGAAAAGAAUUACUCGUGCCUCUUACAAGUUCUAUGUACGUCCCUGGAACAUUAAACGACGUGGAGCAUGUUUUAGUGGAUGUGGGGACAGGAUACUAUGUUGAAAAGAACGUCGAGGACUCAAAGGGAUUCUUCAAACGCAAAAUAGACUUCCUCACAAAGCAGAUAGAGAAAAUUCAGCCAGCCCUUCAGGAAAAACAUGCCAUGAAACAAGCUGUGAUUGAAGUAAUGAACGUGAAGAUCCAGCAACUACAACAGAGCCAGCAGUCAUCAGUUGGGACCACCAAGGCUUAAUGAGAACACCUGUUUGAACUCUUCAUUAUUGGGGAGUUUUUGAAUUUGUAUGCACAAAAGAAACAACUGCUGUUGCAGGAGAGAAAAAUUCCCUCCACUAACCUAAUGAAGUCAUGCUAAAUAUCCGGGAUUAAAGAAAAAAAAAAAAGAUUUUGUUUCUGACUGAAGUAAGUGUAAAAACCUUGUCACCAAGAAAUUCCAAGUUGGCUGUUGUCAUGGUAAAGAAAUCAUGUGUACAUGGUCAAUUUUAUAUUAAUUUAAAUGGGUGUUCCAUGUAGUUUGCAAAAUUAAAAAGGUCAUUGUGCAUUCAAGGAAAAUUAAAGUUUUUUUUCACUGUUA